AUGAAGACUCGUAACUCUUCCGGCCGCUGGUCGGAGCUCCCUAUGGACAUAUUGAGAUCUGUGUUGGAACGUUUGAGUUUUAUGGAUUUCCACCGGUCGAAGAUCGUGUGCUCGAAUUGGUACUUGUGUUUGAAACAAACGUUGCUCCCAAAAGCCGGACCUCCAUUGCUGAUGCUAUUUCCAGAGGAUGGUGAUUGCGUGAUGUGCAAUCCAAACGAAGAUAGGGUUUACAAGUCGAAACACGACUUUUCAGGGUUUCAGUUCCUGGCAAAAUGUGGUAAGUGGUUCCUUGUGGUAGAUCCUGAAUUGAAUCUCUCUAUUCGAGAUUUGUUUAGCGAGACGAAGAUCGAUCUGCCACCUCUAGAGUCGAUCGACGAAGGUGCCACUUAUAGCCUUGAGAGAGUAAAAGAUAAGGAAUUGAUGGAGAAAGUAUGUACUCCAGAUGAUUUUGGUAGUCCUUAUUGUGGACCUCGAACUACGGAAGAUCUGAGAGGUGUUUUGUGGGUAGACGAGGACACAGAAGAGUUAGAGUACGUUGUUGUGUGGCGCUUCGACACUAGCCAUUAUAUAGGGUUUUGCAAGAACGGGUAUGAUCAUCACCUUGGCACUCCAACACACCCCGGUCUUUACAGGAAAAGUAUUCGCUAG